AUGGCUCCAGUGGACCCUCAGCGCAAAGGUCGGGUGCUUGUGACUGGCGGCAAUGGCUUCAUCGGUCAUCAUGUCGUCCGGGAGCUCCUCGAAAAGACGCCGCAUCAAGUAGAAGCUACCGUGCAGAGUUCGCAAAUGUCCGCACACCUGCAAGCAGUCCAUCGCAACCACCCGCGACUCACGAUGCACGUGGUGCCAGACAUUACCAGGGCCGACGCCUUUGUACAGGCAGCUCAGCAUUGCCAUGCUAUUAUCCAUCUAGCAGCACCUCCAAUGACGACAGGCUCAGACUUUGAAAACGACUUGGUUCUCCCGGCUCUCCAAUGUGUCCAGGUCAGGAUUCAGGCCAUUUGCCAUGCGGCUGACGCGAAUGAGAGCGUGACCAGGUUAGUAUACUGCAGCAGCUUUGCGGCCGUUUUUGACCCAUCGCCAUCGGGAUCACUGCCUAGCAAGGUAUAUACAGAGGAUGACUGGAAUCCGACAACGUAUGAACAAGCCAGCAAAGCUCCCGAGUUGAUGCUUUCAUAUCAGGGUAGCAAGGCGCUGGCUGAGCGCGAAGUGAGGAAAUUGUGCAGAGAACAGAGCAAGUGGGAUUUGGUCACGAUUUGUCCCGGCAUUGUCUUUGGCGCUCCUGUUGAUGGCUCAGUCGGCACCGUUCAGGAGCUCGCCCAGACUAACGCGGCUCUUUGGGAUAUGUUUGAUAAGAAGGAUGUUCCGCAGACUACAGUACCGAUAUGGACAGCAGUCACGUCACUUGCCGAGGCCCAGAUCUCUGCGCUCUCGUCCUCAAAGGCCGGUGGAGAGCGGUUUCUGGUCGUCAAUGGUGCUUAUGAGAACCAGGAACUCUGUGACUACCUGAUUUCAUCAGAUCUUGAUGAAGAUAGCAAGAGCAGAGUGCCCACGGGUAAUCCAGGUCAUCGUAGCAACCACUGGAAGGCUGAUGGUAGCAAAGCCGCGGAAUCUUUGGAAUUCUCCAAGCCAACAUUAAAAGAUACAAUUGUUGGCGUGAGAAAUUACCUUUUCCGGCUGGCGAAAAGUGCUUGA